AUGACUCAACAGUCAUGUGACACAAAUGUGAAAGAUUUAUCGUUACGGUACGUCUAUCCAACCUACCAUUACCAAUACUUACGUCCACCAGAACAUUAUGAAGGCUGGUAUAGAAUGCCUAUAGGGAAUUGGCAAAUUCCAGCGAAAAGUCAGAUGUAUAGUGUUUGUCCAAAUGCUAUAUAUUUUGUCGUUCUGACAGAGGAACUACCAGCUACUUUAGGAGAAGAACCUAAAGAACUCAAGACGUGCAUAGUAAAUGAAGAGAUAAGUCCUAACUGCUUGUUAGACGUUGUCGUUAAAAUUCGUCUUUGUGGCGAAAGGAUACAUUAUUAUCUUCCGUAUAUGACAUGGCAAGAAUCAUGGACACCGUACUGUUUUGUUCCAAGUACAGCAGUUUUUCUACCGCCUGAACAACCUGUGAUCGUUAAACCUGAACUUGUUUAUACAGAAGAGAAUAUUGGCGGUCGUCGAAUGCUCACACCUUCCUUACAGUUUAAAUGCAUGCCGGAAACAAAUAGGACGAUAAUCUACAAAGUUAAGUGGUACAUUGAUGAUGUGUUUACCAAAGAAUAUGGACCAUCAACAGAUGCUGAAGAAUUGGUUUUGAAUGAAAAAGACAUGGGUAGAGAUAGUCUUGGCUUUGAGGUUAAAUGUGGCGUGAUUGAAGUAAAUGAAACAGAAGAUUCGAGUGAAACUUUAAGCGAACCUUUUUAUGCAGGAUUUCAGGCUUCAUCAGAAGAAAUUACCGUGAGUAAAAGCAGUUUUGAGGAGGUUACAAUACAACAAACUGUUCCAAUGGGAUGCCAAUAUAUUGAGGGUGAAGGCACGUCUUGUUCCACUACAGUCUCUUUAUACGAUGACAAUCUGAGUGAACACCCAUGUGAUGCUGGUAUAUCUGCUGUAAAUGCUGAUAAUGAUGAUAUGUGCACAAACCAAAUACAGACUCUACAAAAGAAAGAUUCAUGGGACUCUAAUAAGAAAUAUAAAUUUAGAGUUGCUACUGUUGAUAGUAAUUAUGAUGACGGGAAAGAGUUUGGUGUUCGUGUUCAAAUAGGAAGUACUGUAGAUCAUGCUAUAUGGAAAGGAUACACAAUUGAAAAUAUCAAGGUCAAAGUGACUGAUACUGGAACAUAUCAAAACAAAAUGUGCUACUCGCACGUGGAUCCACACAUGAGAACUGGUGAUGGAAGGCCGUAUGAGAACCAAAGAGAAGGAUAUUACAUGUUGUUUCAACACAAAAUCAGUGACAUUGAAGUACAAGAAAGAACGAAAUACUGUUUUGGUGGAGGAAGAGGACCAGUUUGCGCAUGCGCUGUUGCCGUUCGUGCUGGUGCUGAUGUAUUUAUGAUUAACCGCUGUGGAACUAUUAACUUCCUAGACUUCGUCAAUUGUGAUGAUGGUGGAAUUAUUCAAGUUGAAAAGUUAAACGAUGCAGUUUAUAAGAUAAUCACACCAACUGGAACGCAGGUUAUUGUAAAAUUACUAGGAGGACGUUACCAGAGCACGAUGAAUAUCGAUAUAAUUAUGUCACCAAAAGAUCUUGGGAACACACAAGGAUUAUGUGGUAACUUUGAUGGAGAUCCGAAUAAUGAUUUCGUAUUAAAAGAUGGGACCCAAGCAAGCAAUAACAACGAUUACAGGUUUUCUGAAAGCUGGAGAUUGCCGGGAAAUAUCAACCUGUUCACGCUGUCUAAACGUGUCUUAGAAAAAUGGGCGGCUAGGAAUGAAGUGACGUGUCGUUGUGUAGACGGUAUUUGUACUGUACAAAAGCGACGGGAAUGUGGUCGAACGGCAAAUUCAAUCACAAAGAAAAAGUGCGACAUACACAGCCGAAAGAAACGUGAGAUGGGACCUGAAAAGCAUCAGAAAGAAAUAGAUCGUCUCUAUAAGUUAAUGCAGACAUCCAGACCCGCAAUCGUAAAGCGAAGUACAGAAGAAACUAAUAUAACAACUGAAGAAGCUGACGCAAUAUGUAGAGAGUCAAUUUACUCUAGUCCGGCCAUCAGGGAAAUGCCGGAUAAAACUGCAGGCAAAAACCCGGAAAAAUUAUUGGGCAAUGUUUUUUUAGUAAGGUUUAAUUUAUAA